AUGUCAUACGACGAGAAGGAACCCUCCUUUUGGAGCCCGAGGACGUGGACGAGAAGGGCGUGGCUGAUCUUUGCGACGGUGAUUAUCAUCAUUGUCAUUGUUGUGGUGGCAACUGUGGUGGGAGUGAAUGCGACGAGGAAUAACAACAACAAUGGGAGCGACGAGUUUCCCUUCAUUGAUGCGCAUCCGAAUUAUACUAAGUUGGACUACCAGUUGGUAGAGACAUGUGAAAUAGACCUGCCCUCAAACUUUUUUGAAAAGUUCACCUAUUUCAACACUUACGAUCCUUCCCAUGGUUUCGUACACUACGUCUCGCCUGGGGAUGCCGAUCUCUACAACCUCACCACCGCCAACCAAGACACCAUCAACAUCCGGGUCGACACUUCUCGUGACAAUGCCACCACUGGGAGACACUCCGUCCGUCUGGAAUCCAACCGCCAGUACGAAUCUGGUCUUUUCAUCUUUGACGUCAAGCACACCCCCGUGGGAUGCGGUACCUGGCCUGCCCUUUGGCUCACCGAUCCUUCGCCUGGCGCCUGGCCGGCCAACGGAGAGAUUGACAUCAUGGAGUCGGUAAACCAGGGCACAGACGGCAAUCUUGUUGCGCUUCACACCACAGAGGGCUGCAACGUGAAGCGCGUCCGCAGGGAACUGACCGGCACCAUCGGAGCAGAGGACUGCUGGAAUGAAACCAACCACAACGAAGGUUGCACAGUCAAAGGCCCCAAGAACACAUUUGGGCCCAAGUUCAAUGCCGCCGGAGGAGGUGUGGUAGCGUUGGAAUGGAGACAGGAGGGGAUCAGGAGUUGGAUCUGGCCCAGAAGCGACAUCCCCACUGACAUCAACCUCGACGUUGCUGCUCUUGGACAAGGCAGUCGGGGCGUGACAGCAAAGCCGGACCCCAGCAGCUGGGGACUGCCUUUGGCGGACUUUCCUAACACGAGGUGCGACAUGGAGCAGCACUUUAGGAACCAGAGCUUGAUUGUCAAUAUCAAUAUCUGCGGUGACUUCAUCACGGAGGAUAUCUGGAACGGGAGCGGCUGCGGUAAGUCAAGAAGAAGCUCUCUUUUUCCAAGACAAUGA